UAUGGUUGGUGGAGCCAGGCAAAUUGAAAGGUUGACAAAAAAUUCCUAGAUGUUUAAAAUCACUGUGUAUUCUGUCCUCUGUAAAGCAUAGUAAUAAAAAUGUGGAGAAAUGUGUAUAUUUAAACAAUUUCAAUUGGUAUAUCAAUUUGUUACUAUAAAUUCCAGUUCAAUUUAAGGUGGCUAAAAGUAAGCAUUCAGACUAUUAAUUAAUUUCCUGGCCACCUGCCAAUCUGAUCUGGGGACAGUAAUCUCAUCACAGAUUAUGGUUCCUGGAAAUCUCUUCAGAUCAGACAGCUAAGAAACCAGGGUACAAGCAUACUUCCUUUGCUGAAUGAUGCUUCCGACUUUUUACGCUAGUCUAUCUCCUCUCAACCUACAUCAACAGCUUUCCUCCUCCAGGACUCAGGGUCUAAGACCUGUCAGACCCCGGAAGAGGAUCGGCGCGAGGGGCAGCAGGGCAACGCCGGCGCACAUCUUGCCCAGAGGCACAGCGGGGCCUGCAGUCGUUGUUACCACGCCGCGCCCGUGACAGGUAAAGACGCAGACAAUCCUCAGUGCGCUAGGCGCCACACUUCAGCACCCACCCUUGGGAGCUGACAUUCCCGAAAGGCGGGGGUCACCAGGGCGGAAAGAAACCCCGGCAGGAAACGCGGACGCCAAACGCUUCCCAGCAGGCUGUGCGCGUGUAUAGCUCCCAGCAUGCUCCAGCGGGGACUGCUCGGCUCCUCGCUGGAAGGCGUCAGUUCAACUGCCAUCGUGUUCACACCUUUGAAAUGCAUCGCUGUAUCUACGGCAGUUUCGGGAGCGCUUCAGUAUCUUGAGCAAAGCGGUCGACUUGGAGGAGGCGUGGCUUCGGGAACGGAAGAACGUCCGGUUGCCAGGGGAACGCCACGCGCAAGGAGAGUGCCCAGCCACUGAUGCUCCGGCUGACACCCAGGCUACCAGUUCACCCAACUUGUAGAGGCGGCUUUACUCCGGACCAGGGAUCCUUCCUAUGGAUGCAUAGAGAGGAAGGCUGAGAGACGCCAGCACCAGAUUCCCAUCCCAGAGACGAACGCGAGCGAGUGCGUCCGUUGCUCUUCCUCACCAGCUCCUAGGCCUGCAGAACUAACCUCAAAGACUAGCUGGUUUGUAAAUACUUGAGUCACAUUAUGGGAUUGCUAGACAGACUUUCAGGCUUGCUUGGCUUGAAGAAGAAGGAAGUUCAUGUUUUGUGCCUUGGCCUGGAUAAUAGUGGCAAAACAACAAUCAUUAACAAACUUAAACCCUCAAAUGCUCAAUCACAAGAUAUAGUUCCAACAAUAGGAUUCAGCAUAGAGAAAUUCAAAUCAUCCAGUUUGUCUUUUACAGUAUUUGACAUGUCCGGUCAAGGAAGGUACAGAAAUCUCUGGGAACACUAUUAUAAAGAUGGACAAGCCAUUAUUUUUGUCAUUGAUAGUAGUGAUAGAUUAAGAAUGGUUGUGGCCAAAGAAGAACUUGAUACUCUUCUGAAUCAUCCAGAUAUUAAGCACCGCCGAAUACCAAUCUUAUUCUUUGCAAACAAGAUGGAUCUUAGAGAUGCAGUGACAUCUGUAAAAGUGUCUCAGUUGCUGUGUUUAGAGAACAUCAAAGAUAAACCAUGGCAUAUUUGUGCUAGUGAUGCCAUAAAAGGAGAAGGAUUGCAAGAAGGUGUAGACUGGCUUCAAGAUCAGAUCCAGGCUGUGAAGACAUGAAAAGAUAGUAUUUGGAUAUCUCAACAGUUUUCAGUUCAAGAAAUGUAUCUUAAGGCAAACUAAA